CGACGUCAAUUUCAAAUUAUAAAAACCACAUCAUUGAUAGUAGUAUUCACCACCACCACCGCCACCACCACCACCACCACCUCUGACUCUCUGUCUGAACUUCACUGGAAGAUCAAUAGACUUUGUGUGUGUUUUUCUUUGCAAGUUGAAGAAGAUGCAGCUAAAGGAAAAGGAAGAGCUGUUGAGAAACAUGGAGCUUGGGUUGAUACCGGACCAAGAGAUUAGACAACGGAUUAGAAUCGAAUUAGAAAAGCGUCUCCAAUGGGGUUACAAAGAAACCCAUGAAGAACAGCUUUCUCAGCUUCUUGACUUGGUUCACUCUCUGAAAGGUAUGAAAAUGGCAACUGAGAUGGAGAAUUUGGAUUUAAAACUAUACGAAGCACCUAUGGAAUUCUUAAAGAUCCAACAUGGAAGCAACAUGAAACAAAGUGCGGGUUACUACACUGAUGAAUCAACAACGUUGGACGAAGCUGAGAUAGCGAUGCUGGAUUUGUAUAUGGAGAGGGCACAGAUCAAAGAUGGUCAGAGUGUACUUGAUUUAGGGUGUGGAUUGGGUGCUGUAGCUCUUUUCGGGGCAAACAAAUUUAAGAAAUGUCAAUUUACUGGAGUUACAAGUUCUGUGGAACAAAAAGAUUACAUUGAAGGAAAAUGCAAGGAGCUUAAGUUGACCAACGUCAAGGUUUUAUUAGCUGAUAUAACAACUUACGAAACCGAAGAAAGAUUUGAUCGGAUUUUCGCUGUUGAAUUGAUUGAGCAUAUGAAGAACUAUCAAUUGCUUCUUAAGAAAAUAUCAGAGUGGAUGAAAGAUGAUGGACUUCUUUUCGUUGAACAUGUUUGCCAUAAGACUCUAGCUUACCAUUAUGAGCCCGUUGAUGCAGAAGAUUGGUACACUAAUUACAUAUUCCCUGCUGGAACUCUGACUCUAUCAUCUGCUUCAAUGCUUCUUUACUUUCAAGAUGAUGUUUCAGUUGUGAAUCAAUGGACUCUGAGUGGAAAGCAUUACUCUAGAUCCCAUGAAGAAUGGUUGAAAAACAUGGAUAAAAACAUUGUUGAAUUCAAAGAAAUAAUGAGGUCCAUAACUAAAACUGAGAAAGAAGCAAUCAAAUUGCUCAAUUUUUGGAGGAUUUUUUGCAUGUGUGGAGCAGAGUUGUUUGGGUAUAAGAAUGGUGAAGAAUGGAUGCUCACCCAUCUUCUCUUCAAGAAAAAAUGAGAAAAUUUAUUUUAUGCUUUCGUUUUGUGUGUUGUUUACCAUCGUAAUUAUACCAUAUCAUUGUAACAAAAACUGCUUAGAAUGAUUGGUUGAAGCUUUUAUUUAAUGUUAUUAUAAAUAUUUCACCAUUAUGGUUCCA